AGAUUAUAAACUGCAAUAGCACGAAAGCCGUCUGCAAUUCCGGCAGAAAAAGGGGAAAAGCCUAAGUUUUACCAAUUAUUCAAGUUUGUAUGUUAUAAGAAGGAAAAAGGAAAGACAAAGUCGACGCAUCACCAAGCACUUCUACUUGUCAAACAACUGUGCAAGGAAAUUAUAGAGAAUCAAGACAACUACGGAAGAUCUUCCUCAAUCCUAAAACAAGCCUUCCUUUUAGCAGCAGAAUUGGGGAUUUCCGAAGUUGUGGAAGUGAUUAUAGAUUCAUUUCCUGAUGCAAUCUGGUUUACAAAUGAAAAGAAUCAUAAUAUAUUCCAUUUGGCAGUUCUGCAGCGUCGAGAAAAUGUAUUCCAACUCAUAUAUCAUAUGAGUGGUCGUAAAGAAUUAUUAUUGAUGUCUCAAGACAUUGACAAGAACAAUAUCUUGCACUUGGCAGGAAAUUUGGCACCCAAAAGUCAACUAAACCGCAUUCCUAGUGCAGCUAUACAGAUGCAACAUGAGUUACAAUGGUACAAGGAAGUGGAGAAACUUGUGCCGCCUGAUUACAAAGAGGAAAAAAAUUCUAAAGGAGAAACUCCACGAAUGGUAUUUAUGGAAGAACAUAAAGGACUUGUCAAAGAAGGUCAGAAAUGGAUGAAAGAUUCUGCAACCUCAUUCUCACUUGCUGCGGCACUCAUUGCCACUAUAGUAUUUGCAGCAGCCAUCACAGUACCAGGUGACUACAGCGAUGAUGGUCGACCAACUUUUCACAAACGGGCAUCCUUCAAGAUAUUUGCCGUUUCAGAUUCAAUUUCUCUGUUCUCAUCAGUUGCUGCCAUCAUAAUAUUUUUUUCUGUUCUCACUGCGCGGUAUUCCGAACAUGAUUUUCUUUACUCUGUUCCAACAAAGUUUAUGUGGGGUCUUGUUAUGUUGUUCCUCUCUCUGACAGCGCUUAUGGUAGCCUUUUGUUCCACUGUUUAUCUGGUGUUUGGUGACAGAAAGGGUUAUUGGAUCCUUUAUUUAGUGUAUGCAUCAGCUUCAGUGCCUCUGUUCUUGUUUUUCUCUUGGCAGUAUCCCCUCCUACGCGACUUUCUUUUUUCCACAUACGGCCCCGAAAUUUCCCGCAUGAUAAGAAGAUGUCUUCUAGGCAUUUCCGAAAGGUUAAGAGCGUGGUACAAGAAAAGUAAGAAAAUAAUAUUGAAAUUAGUCUCUUGCUUUGCUGCCCGUUGUUAUUGCUGUUGGUGUUGCCGUUACCGUACUGAUACUCCUCCCCAAUCUAGCAAACAAAAUAUUGUUUGAUCGUCCUGUUCUAGCUGCCUUCGCCUUCAAAGUGGAUCUGCAUCACUAAUAAUUUGUAUUGUAUUGUCAAUUGAUGAUAGGAAAAACUCUAAAAACAUUGCUACGUUGCAAUUUUUUAAUGGAUUAGGAUCAUUUCCUGACCUAAGUUUUACU